AUGCGGUUUGGGAAGACCCUCAAGAACUCGGUUUACCCGCCGUGGAAGGGCAAGUACAUUGACUACAACAAGCUCAAGGCCCUGUUGCGCGAGAAUGAUGUCACUGGCGAGGACGCCAGCGACUCCGAUGACAGCCUGUGGACUGAACAGGAUGAGGAAACAUUUGUGCAGGAAUUGCUGAAUGUACAGCUGGACAAGGUCAAUUCCUUCCAAGCGGAGACCUCGAAGCAGCUCCGUGAGCGUACAUCAGCCAUUGAGGCCAAGCUGCGCCCAUUGGCUCCGUCUGGAGAGCAGGAGGCUCUCAUCCCCGAUCUACAGGAGAAGCGCAGACUGGCGACAGAGGCUCUCGAGGAACUAGACGGCAUCACCAAGGAGGUCAGUGAAUUGGAAAAGUACAGCCGCAUCAACUUCACCGGUUUCCUCAAGGCCGCCAAAAAGCAUGACCGCAAGCGUGGUACUCAGUACCGCGUCAAACCAUUGUUGCAGGUUCGCUUAUCGCAGCUUCCCUUCAAUUCAGAGGACUAUUCGCCUUUAGUCCACCGUCUGUCGGUGAUGUACUCCUUUGUCCGUGAAACUCUGACCGAGGACGUCGUUCAACCUUUGAAGGAGCCUGAGCGUGGCUUUGGUCGCGAUGUCUAUUCUUCUUACAAGUUCUGGGUUCACGCAGACAACAUUCUGGAGGUGAAGACAUAUAUUCUCCGCCGUCUACCUGUCCUGAUCUACAAUCCGGGAACCUCAAAGAAUGCGGACACCCUCGACGACCCCACCAUCACCUCUCUCUACUUCGAUAACCCACAGUUUGACCUCUACAACCAGAAGGUCGCCCGUGCAUCCGAGGCUGGAUCCCUGCGGUUGCGCUGGACUGGACAGCUGAAGGAUAAGCCGUCUAUCUACCUGGAGAAGAAGAUUGUGACCGACUCUGACAGCAGUCGGGAAGUUAAAGUGCAGCUCAAGGAAAAGCACAUCAAGGAGUUCCUGGAUGGCGAGUAUCACUUGGACAAGAAGGUUCAUCGGAUGGAGGAUAUGCACAAUGGAGAAUCUUCGGAAGCAGAAUCUCUCAAGAAGGACGUCGAAGAGUUGCAGUCGUUCAUCAAGGAGAACAACCUGCAGCCCAUGGUGCGGGCCAACUACACACGUACAGCCUUCCAAAUCCCCGGCGAUGACCGCGUUCGAAUUUCCAUGGAUACCAACCUCGCCAUGAUCCGUGAAGACUGCCUUGACCCUGAGCGUCCCUGUCGAGACCCCUCCGAGUGGCACCGUGUCGACCUCGAUGAUAGCGAAAUGUCAUACCCAUUCAGUAGCAUCCGAACCGGUGAGAUUGUUCGUUUCCCCCAUGCUUUGCUGGAAAUCAAGCUACGUGGGAAAGCCCACCAGGCGGAGUGGGUGAAUGAUCUCAUGGCUUCGCAUCUUGUCAAAGACGCACCCCGUUUCUCCAAGUUCGUCCACGGCACGGCCCAAUUGUUCGAGGAUUAUGUCAACAGUUUUCCGUUCUGGCUGGGUGAGCUCGAGAGUGACAUUCGUCGUGAUCCCGAGACUGCGUUCUACGAGGAACAAGAACGGUUGGCGAGACGCAAUGAGGAGGACAUCGCAGUCGGCAGUUUCCUUGGUGGCGCAGGUAGCCCAAGUGCCAAUGCACUGGCUGGAUCUCCUUUCAGUCGAUGGAGCGAACCCAGGCAUCACUGGGCGUUGCGUAGGCCUUCUGGAUUCAGCGAAGUGCCGGCAACCCGCCGUCUCUCCCACGUUGAGCCCCAGCGCCGCGAGGUGGUACCCCAACCCCCUGCCGAAGCAAUUCAAGAGCCCGAGGACGAACCUUCUAGGCUCACUUCCAUUCUAAAAUCACUUGGUAUCUCGAAGUCAAACUGGACUCGGCCAGAGAACGUUCCCCUGCCUCCUGGAGUGCGGGAUCCUGGCAUUUGGAUCAAAGACACUGGUCCCGUCCGUGUGGAAAGUAAGGUGUGGCUGGCUAACCAGCGAACCUUCAUCAAGUGGUUGCAUAUCAGUAUCCUGUUGUCAAGUUUGUCACUGGGUCUUUAUAACGCUGCUGGCAAGCACAACAAAAUCGCCCAGGCACUGGCCGUUGUAUACACAUUCUUUGCCCUGUUUUCCGCUGCCUGGGGCUGGUACAUGUAUGAGAAGCGCUCCCGACUCAUCCGCCAACGGAGCGGCAAGGACUUGGACAACUUGUUUGGCCCUCUUGUCGUAUGCAUUGGUCUCGCUGUUGCUCUCGUCCUUAACUUUGCCUUCAAGUACAAAUCUGUGCUUGAGCAAGCCCGGAACAAUGAUCCCUCACAUGGAGUCCCUGUUCACAACAACUCAUCUGCACUGUUCACUGAGCAAGUCCCAUGGAAUGUUGGUAAUCAGGCACAACAAAUUCUUUAA